AUGCAAGUUCAGAUUGAAAAACAAGCAGUUACACAACAACAAUCACAAGCUUUAAUACAUGAAUUAAUUAGUGUUUCCAUCAAUUGUAUUACAUUUUUAAGAAAUAUUUUCAAUGAUGAUAAUUAUAUAGAUACAAAAUAUUAUGGGGAUAGAGAAAUUAAAUCAAAUUAUAUAAGAACUAAAAAAUUAAUACCUGGAGUUACUGAGUUGGGUAAUCAAAUGAUCAAAUAUAUUGAAGAAGGUGUUAAAGAUGCAAUUGAAAAAAGUUAUUUAAAAGCUAUUCAAUUUACAAUCAAAACUCCUAAAAAUGAUGAAUUCACCGUUGCAGAAAGUUAUGUAUUUGGGAUAGAUUAUAAAACAAAUCAAGUUACAUUAUCGAAUGGAUUUUCACAAGAUAGUAACUUUUCAACAAAAAUAUUAGAUCAUGAUGAAAUUAUAUGUCAAAUACAAAAUAUGAUUAGAAAAUUGAUCUUAUUAACCCAAUCAUUUGAUUUACUUUCAAAGAAAAAAGAGAUUUCAAUAAAAUUAUUAUUCAAUAAUACCUGUCCAAAAGAUUAUCAGCCACCUCAUUUUCAUGAUGCAUCGGAUUUACCUCCAACUACUAUUAAAAUUAAUGAUGACGGUAACUCGAAUGAUUUAGGUUUAAUCAGUACUGGAAGACAUAAUGUUCAACUUAAUGUAUUUGUUGAAAGCAGAGAAGAAGAAAAUAAUGAAAACUCAAGGCUUUUUGAUCCAUUUGAUAUUUUUGAUACCGAUGUUGAUGGUGAUAUAGAUUUUGAUCAAGCAAAACCAUUGGAAGAUAUACCAGCAUCAUCAUUAAGAUUGGACAGCUAUCUUAACUCAAAUAUGGAUCAAGAUACUGGAAUCACUCAAUACUUAUCCAAGAGUGCAAAUGUUACAACUGCUAGCUCAUUUGGUUGUAAAAAAUGUUUCAAAGAACUAAAUCAUAUUGAAUAUGGGUAUAUAAUUCCAGCUAGAAAAAGUAUUAUUUGUUACGAUUGUUUAUUUCCAGAUGGUAAUAGAAAUGUACAAUUGUUAAUCAAAAUCAGAAUAUUAUGGAAUUACCUUUUGAAUAAUGAAUUCCCAAAUGAUUUUUUGAAAGUUUUGAAUUUGUCUUUAAAUAAUGAUCAACAAUUAAUCAAGACAAUUUUUAAUUGGUUUUUCAAAUACUCAAUUCUAAUGACUGUGAAUAGAGCUCAAAUUGAAGUAGAUUCAUCAAGUUAUGUAAAAGGUUGUGGUACAUUCACUCCAAUGAUUGAUGGUAUAAUUGAUCAAAAUGGAUCAAUAUUAAAAAAAGAAUUAAUGUAUUUUAUUGCUUUCAUACCAGUUUUGAAAGAGAGAAAACCAUUUUAUAAUUACGAUUCAAAUAUUGAUCAAUUAGUAUUUCCAAAUUAUAAAUAUCCUCAACUUAACUAUAUAAAAUCUCAAUUAAAUAAGAUUGAAAGUCAAACAAGAGAAAUUAGACCAAGAUCAAAUACAAUCAUACCUGAUUCUCAACCAUCUUAUGGAACUAUAUUCCCAAUAGUUGAAAAUAGAAUGAAAACAAUUGCAGAAAUUACAGAAUGUAGUGAUGAAAGUGAUGAAAAUGAAAUAACCAAAGUAGUUGAUAAUUCAAUUAAUUUACCAAUGGAGAAAUUAUCUUUUGCUGAUUCAUUAGAAUAUUUAUCUCAAGGAACUUUAAAAGAAGAUGAAAAUAUUUUUAAAAAAAGAAAAAUUGAUGAACCUAUUUGUGAAGAAAGCGGUGGUAAAAGAAGAAAAAUUAGUGCUAAUAAUUAA